AUGGCUCCCAACGGCACCGCCCCGGCGAACCACCGCUUCGACCCCAACUUCACCCAGAAUGUCAUCAACGCUACCGGUCCCAAGGCCACGCCGCGGGUAAGGCAGGUCAUUGGCAGCGCCAUCCAGCACCUCCACGACUGGGCCCGCGAGAACGAGCUCACCGUCGACGAGUGGAUGCAAGGUCUGGAGCUGAUCAACGAAGCCGGCCGCAUGUCCAACGACCGCCGCAACGAAGGCCAGCUCGUCUGCGACAUCCUGGGCCUCGAGUCCCUCGUCGACGAAAUCACGUACAAGCUGGCAGCCGAAGCGGAGGACGCGCCCACGGCCACGGCCAUCCUGGGUCCCUUUUACCGCAAGGACUCGCCGCAAUACCCCAUGGGCGGCAACAUCGUGCAGGGCAAGGAGGGCGAGCACGGCGACCGCACCUGGAUGCACGGCAGGGUCAUGGACUUCACCACGGGCAAGCCCAUCGCCAACGCCCAGCUGGAGGUGUGGCACACGGCGCCCAACGGCCUGUACGAGCAGCAGGACCCGGACCAGCCCGACUUCAACCUCCGCGGCCGCUUCGUCACCGGCCCGAGCGGCGAAUACGACUUCUACUGCCUGCGGCCCGUCCCCUACCCCAUCCCGUACGACGGCCCGGCCGGUGUGCUGCUCACGGCGCUGGACAGACACCCCAUGCGGCCGGCGCACAUCCACUUCCUGGUGUCGGCACCCGGCUACAAGCCCAUCGUGACGCAGGUGUUCGACAGGAACGACAAGCACCUCGAGGACGACUCGGUGUUUGCGGUCAAGGAUUCGCUGAUCAUCGACUUCAAGGAGAAGAAGGGCGAUCCCAAGGCCGACUUCGAGGUGACGUACGACUUUAGGCUGGCCAGCUUCGACGAGGCGAAGAAGCAGUCAGUGGCCGGCGCCACGCAGCCGUCCACUGCUGGCGCGUGA